ACUCCCCCUCGCUCGCUCGCCCUUCCGCCUCCUCGAGCCCCGUAGAAUCUCCAUUGAGCUCCAAAGAUCCAUCUUCCCGUCGAUCGGAGGUUCAUAGUACAUAAACAACUAAGACAUCUGUGCUGGUGAACCCUGUCUUUUAUUCAGUUGGUUGUUGCUUCUAGGAACCUGGGGGGAGCUCAUCUACCAUUUGAAGAGUCAUUGGCUGAUUAAUGAAGCUCAAUAAUCAUGAUAGCGCAGGCAUGGUUGCCAGGCACUAAUGACCCAAAAAUCAUGCCUGCCUCACGCCACAGAGCCCCCUCAAGAAGGCCUCUAUGGAUCCUUGCUCCGAUAUUGUUGGUAUGCAUGGCACUGGUUGCACUAUACGUCCAUCCACUCCAGCGUUACUCGGCAUGCUACUUCUUCUCUUCCAGUGUCUGUAGCCUCAAAGAGUGGCUUCCGCCUGUGCACACUAGGGUUUAUAAUGAUGAUGAGCUUGCUGCUCGUGUUGUGAUCAGAGACAUUCUAUUGAUGCCAGCUGUUGAGUCAAAGAAUCCUAAGAUUGCGUUCAUGUUCCUGACACCAGGUUCACUGCCCUUUGAAAAGCUCUGGGAGAAGUUCUUCCUGGGCCAUGGAGACAAAUUUUCUAUUUAUGUUCACGCGUCAAGGGAAAAACCACUACACAUUAGUUCAUUAUUUGUUGGAAAGGAAAUUCGCAGUGAAAAGGUGGCCUGGGGAAAAAUUUCUAUGGUUGAUGCAGAAAAGAGGUUGUUGGCAAAUGCACUCCAAGAUAUUGAUAAUCAGCAUUUUGUUUUACUCUCGGACAGUUGUGUGCCACUCCACAAAUUUGAUUAUAUAUACAACUAUUUGUUGGGUAUAAAUGUCAGUUUUAUUGACGGUUUUAAAGAUCCUGGCCCUCAUGGAGCAGGCAGAUAUUCUGAACAUAUGUUGCCUGAGAUUGAAAAGGAAGAUUUCAGGAAAGGUGCACAGUGGUUCUCAAUCAAGCGGCAGCACGCUGUGCUAAUUCUAGCUGACAAUGUUUACUAUACAAAAUUCAAGCUUUACUGCAGGCCACGAAUGGAAGGACGCAAUUGCUAUUCUGAUGAACAUUAUCUGCCAACUCUUUUCCAUAUGGUUGAUCCUGGUGGAAUUGCAAAUUGGUCAGUUACCCAUGUAGAUUGGUCUGAAGGAAAAUGGCAUCCAAAGGCUUAUAGGGCUCGGGAUGUAACCUUUGAUCUUUUGAAGAAUAUUAUCUCUAUUGAUGAGAGCAUUCAUGUAACAAGCGAUUCAAAGAAAGUUGUUCAACGGAGACCAUGUUUGUGGAAUGGGAUGAAGCGGCCAUGCUAUUUAUUUGCCAGAAAAUUUUAUCCUGAAGCUCUCAAUAGUUUGAUGCAUCUGCUCUCCAACUUCACGAUCAUUUAAAUGGCUCACAGAGUUGUCAUUGUUCGGCCAAGUAGAAGCCUUCGAUUGCCAUUCUCACCAUUCAGUCCCAGGUUUAAAGCAAGCCGAGGAUUCAGAACCAUGGAAUCUGAUUUAUGAAGCAGAAGAUUGUUGGAUCAUCAAGGAGUUCGAGACUGGAGAUCGCAGCUAACUAAUUUAAAUGCUGCAUUCUCCUUGACAAGAUGCCUCCACGGUCUUCCAACUUGCCAAUAGUUUUUCAACUUAUUUUCAUGUUAUUCAUUUCUUGGCAAUUCUUCCAUUUGAACCGAAAUUGUAAGUCUAUUUAAUAUGUGUGAAUUUAUUGAAGUUUUAGAACAAACCUAAUAGCUAAGAGAUCACCCAAAGGUAGUGUUGUCUUCUAGCUUGCUCAUGAAUGGAAAAUUAAGUACUGGACUUGUUUGUCAAGGCCAAAUGAACAAUUUGCUGUGCUUAACAUCA